AUUGAAUAUGCAGAUGGUAGCAAGAGAAGGUACAUAGCCGAAGAAAUCGAGAAACUCGGAAAGGGCAACAUUUCUGCCGAAAUUUUCACAUACAAGGAGGUCUCUGCUGCAACUAACAACUUCAAACCCGAAUCUUUGAUAGGCGAAGGCGGAUUCGGGAGGGUUUACAAAGGCCACCUCAACAGCAAAAACAUCGAUGUUGCGGUGAAGCAGCUCGACAGAAACGGGUUCCAAGGGAACAAAGAAUUCCUCGUCGAAGUUCUCGUUUUGAGCCUUCUUCACCACCCUAAUCUUGUUAAUUUAGUUGGCUACUGUGCUGAAGGCACUCAAAGAGUUCUUGUUUAUGAGUACAUGCAAAAUGGUUCUUUGGAAGAUCACCUCUUAAAUUUAAGUCCGGAGAGGAAGCCUCUCGAUUGGAACACGAGGAUGAAAAUUGCCGAGGGGGCCGCGAGGGGGCUCGAAUACUUGCACGAGACGGCUAAUCCGCCGGUUAUUUAUCGCGAUUUCAAGGCGUCGAAUAUACUUUUGGAUGUGGAUUUCAAUCCGAGGCUAUCGGAUUUCGGGCUGGCCAAACUGGGGCCCGUCGGAGAAAAAACGCACAUUUCGACGAGGGUGAUGGGGACGUACGGGUAUUGUGCGCCGGAAUAUGCUUCCACCGGCCAGUUGAGCACGAAGUCGGAUGUGUACAGCUUUGGGGUGGUGUUUUUGGAGAUAAUCACGGGACGAAGAGUUAUCGACACUUCGAGGCCGAGCGAAGAGCAAAACUUGAUUACUUGGGCGGAGCCAUUGUUCAAAGACAAGAAGAAGUUCCAUCUAAUGGCAGAUCCAUUGAUGGAAGGGAACUACCCAGAGAAGGCACUCUAUCAAGCUCUGGCAAUAGCAGCUAUGUGCCUUCAAGAAGAAGCCACCACUCGACCGUUGAUAAGCGAUGUCGUUACCGCUUUGGAAUAUUUAUCCACCGGCAAAUGCCAAACCGAAGAAGAAGACGAAGACGACGAGAACGAAAACGAAAACGAAAACAAAAACGAAAACGAAAACAAAAACGAAGAAGAAUAAUAAUGUAUUUUUCUUCGGAUGUAUAAAAGAAUUUCUUUUUUUUUUUUAUUUAAAAAAAAUGAAAAUAGGAAAUGCUACUCGUUUCUCUCUCUUUGUCUCUCUUCUCUCGUUCGACGAAAAGUUUGAAUGUUUUUCUAAGACGAACUUGAUUUGUUUUUAAGGGUUUACUUUAUUAGAAUUUCUUUGUUACAUUAACAUAAAUUGAAUUAGAGAUUCUAAA